AUGGUUGUUCGUCGAAGUGACCAUGCUAAGGGUCUAGUAUAUAAUUCAUCUGCGUUGCUUAGUCUAUCAGCUUUGGUCAACAUGAUUCGUAGUCUCCUUGUUCUUCUCGUCGCUUUGGUAGCUGCUUCUUACUGCCAAUACGGCUACGGAGGCUACGGUGGAGGGUAUCCAUAUGGAGGCGGAUACCAUAGGCAUCACCAUUAUGGAGGAGGUUAUGGAAGAGGCUAUGGAGGAGGUUAUGGAGGAGGUUAUGGAUACCCUGGAUACGGUUACGGUGGAUAUCCAGGUGGUGGAUACGGUGGAUAUGGAUACCCAGGAGGGUAUGGAGGGUAUGGAGGAUAUGGAAUGUACCGUCCUGGACUUCUCGGCAUGCUUAUUGGAAAAUAA